GCUCUCCAUGGCACAGAAGAUCGCUCUUUGUACAAGGGGAAUCCGCCAAGCCUAAAUCCAAGACUACAUUUCCCAGCAUGCCUUCCGGCCUCGCCGAGACUUCAGGUCCUAGUGCCCUAGGCUACCUCAAGCCAGCCGGCACGCUGGGACCUGUAGUCUGCAGGGACAGCUCCCGGCAUCCUUCGGGCCGGCGGUGGCUCUGCGCUUGCGUAGCGCAGAAGGGAGCGUCCCGGGUAUCCCCAGUAGGGGCUCGAUAGCCGCGGAACGAGUUAUGGGCGUUUGCAGCAGGGAGAGAGCGUUACCCCCGGGCGUCAGAAAAUUCCCAUAAGCAUGCUGUAAGUGUGAUCAGGAGUAACGCCAACACAGUUUGCAUAAUUAGAAAAAAAUAUUAAGUUCACCUCUUCUUGAACUUUCUACUGAGAAUGCAGAUAGACAAAGCGUUCACUUCAACAAUUUAAUCCAUGAAAGCUUGCGGAGAAGAUGGCUGAUGUUAGCCUGAAGGAAAUAGCACUAAUAAUAGGUGUGGUGGCAGCCUGUUACUGGAACAGUCUCUUUUGUGGCUUCGUUUUUGAUGAUGUUUCAGCAAUUCUGGACAAUAAAGACUUGCAUCCUUCUACUCCUUUAAAAAAUCUGUUUCAGAAUGACUUCUGGGGGACUCCUAUGUCUGAGGAGAGGAGUCAUAAGUCAUAUCGACCUCUUACUGUCCUCACAUUUCGUUUAAACUACCUGUUCAGUGAGUUAAAUGCCGUUUCUUAUCACCUCCUAAAUCUGGUUUUUCAUGCGGUGGUUUGCAUAGUCUUCCUCAAGGUCUGUAAGCUUUUUCUGGACAACAGGAGCAGUGUAAUUGCAUCCUUGCUAUUUGCAGUGCACCCAAUACACACUGAAGCGGUAACUGGAGUGGUUGGCAGAGCAGAGCUUUUAUCAUCUAUAUUUUUUCUAGCUGCUUUUUUGUCAUACACCAAAUCUAAAGGGCCAGACAAUACCAUAGUGUGGACUCCAAUUGCAGUGACAGUGUGUCUAGUAGCCGUUGCAACAUUGUGCAAAGAACAAGGAAUAACAGUGGUGGGGAUAUGCUGUGUCUAUGAAGUAUUUAUAGCUCAAGGUUAUACUUUGCCUAUGCUGUUCGAUGCCGCCAUGCAGAUUCUCCGAGGGAAAUGCAGUAUUCCUUAUUCUAUGCUCCAAACACUGUUAAAGCUCAUUGUUCUGAUGUUCAGUACACUGCUCCUUGUUGUAGUCAGAGUCCAGGUCAUUCAGUCUCAGCUUCCAGUGUUUACCAGGUUUGAUAACCCAGCUGCUGUAAGUCCAUCUCCUGCAAGGCAGCUGACUUUCAACUACCUCCUCCCUGUAAAUGCUUGGCUUCUUCUAAAUCCCUCAGAGCUAUGCUGUGAUUGGACAAUGGGAACUAUUCCACUUGUGGAGUCUUUCGUAGAUAUAAGAAAUAUUGCCACCAUUACGUUUUUUUGCUUUUUGGGAUCUUUGAUUGUCUUCAGUCUCCGAUACCCUGGGGAUUCCUCCAAGACUGUAUUGAUGGCACUCUGUUUAAUAGUGUUGCCAUUCAUUCCUGCAUCGAACCUCUUUUUUCCUGUUGGGUUUGUAGUAGCAGAACGAGUGUUGUAUGUCCCUAGCAUGGGAUUCUGCAUUUUAGUAGCACAUGGGUGGAAAAGAUUAUCAAACAAAAGUGUGCUGAGAAAGCUGUCCUUGGUUUGUCUGUCUGUAGUGCUAUUCACUCAUGCCUUAAAAACACUGCACAGAAACUGGGAUUGGGAAUCAGAAUACACCUUAUUUAUGUCAGCUUUAAAGGUAAAUAAGAACAAUGCCAAACUGUGGAAUAAUGUGGGUCAUGCUCUAGAAAAUGAAAAGAACUUUGAAAGAGCUUUGAAAUUCUUCAUACAGGCCACACAAGUGCAACCAGAUGAUAUUGGUGCCCACAUGAAUGUAGGAAGAACUUAUAAAAAUUUAAACAAAACCAAAGAAGCGGAAGAAUCAUACAUGAUUGCUAAAUCACUGAUGCCACAGAUUAUCCCAGGUAAAAAAUACGCAGCACGAGUUGCUCCUAACCAUCUAAAUGUAUAUAUAAAUCUUGCAAACUUGAUUCGGGCAAACGAAUCUCGCCUUGAAGAAGCAGAUCAGUUGUAUCGACAAGCAAUUAGUAUGAGGCCAGAUUUCAAACAGGCUUACAUUAGCAGGGGUGAAUUACUUUUAAAAAUGAAUAAGCCUGUGAAAGCGAAGGAAGCUUAUCUUAGAGCCCUGGAAUUGGACAGAACCAAUGCAGACCUGUGGUACAACUUGGCAAUUGUUUACAUUGAACUAAAAGAUCCAACAGAAGCCCUGAAGAACUUCAACCGGGCGUUAGAACUUAAUCCUAAACAUAAACUGGCAUUGUUCAAUUCUGCGCUACUCAUGCAAGAAUCUGGUGACCCUACACUUAGACCUGAAGCCAAGAAAAGGCUGUUAAGUUAUGUGAAAGAGGAAGCACAAGAUGCAAAUGGCUACUUCAACUUGGGUAUGCUGGCGAUGGAUGACAAAAGAGAUGCUGAAGCAGAGUCUUGGAUGAAGAAAGCCAUAAGGUUACAACCAGGCUUCCGAAGCGCUUUGUUUAAUUUGGCACUGCUUUAUUCUCAGACUGCAAAAGAGCUGAUGGCUUUGCCAGUCCUGGAAGAGUUACUGAGAUAUUAUCCUGAUCAUACCAAAGGUCUGAUUUUAAAGGGAGACAUCUUAAUGAACCAAAAGAAAGAUAUAAGUGGAGCUAAAAAGUGUUUUGAAAAAAUCCUGGAAAUGGAUCCUAACAAUGUACAAGGAAAACAUAAUCUUUGUGUAGUUUAUUUUGAGGAACGAGACUUAAUAAAAGCAGAAAAAUGUCUUGUUGAGACAUUAGCAUUAGCACCGCAUGAGGAAUAUAUUCAACGGCAUUUAAAUAUAGUCAGAAGUAAAAUUUCAUUGCUUGGUGCUGCAGAACAGUCAACAUUUCCAGCAGAUGGGACUGCAGCUGUGGGGGAAAAAAAAAUUCCAUUUGAAAACUUGAAAGAAGUAAAAAAUGAACAGAAAACCACCCAGACAUUGAAUAGUAACAUUAACAAAGGACAGUCAAAUAGCAAGAAACGAACAGGCAAAAAUAACACAGACAAAGAGACUAAAAAAAAUCUACAAAAGAAAUCAAAGACAUUGAAAAAAAAAAGAGUUGCUGCUUUGAAAAGACUAGAAGAGAUCGAACGGAUUUUAAAUGGUGAAUAGCCUUUAUCAUGUCACAAUAGAGCAGGGGGAGGACGCAACUUUUAAUUAUUGCAUAAUGUUUGAUCAAACUGGAAAUUAGACUGGUGCUUUGAAAGUGGAAAGAAUAUUGACAGCAUAUCAUUUAACAAGCAGAAGAGGGCUGCUUUACAACACAGAGUAUAAUCUGUCGAGAAACCUGUAACAUUUAAUCAAGUUUUUUUUUUGAGUUGGGGGUUGAGUAUGAGAAGAAAACAUGGAUCUUCUAAUGGUGAAGAAUGGCACUCUAACACUAAAAUACUGGUGGCCAGAGAGACCCUGUAACAGUAUUCUCAAGGAAGCAUAAAAAAAUCUCAAUGGAGAGUUAAUGGGGUAACCCAGAUACAUUGCAGCUUGAUUCUGUAUGAUUCUAUUUUUAUUAACUUUUUCUAAAUUUCAGUAUGUGUCAGCCAUUGAAAUCUUUCUAGAUCUUCACUAUGCAGUAAACUUUUAUUUGCAUUACUAGUGUUCCAGAGCUUAACAAAGAAUAAACAACACGCACUGUCACCAGUGGUAUUUUUAAGGUAAUUUUUUUCAAACAAUAUACACUGAUGAAACAACACUCUAAAAUAAUAAAUGCAACUGUUUUCUAAAUAUGGGAUGACACAAUAAUGUUUUAAUUGUUCUUCAUUUACUAUAAAAAUAAUUUGUACUAUUUUAUCUAACUGAUAAAUAGAAAUCCUGUGGUGCUCUCAUGACAUUUUACUGUGGUUUUUCCUUUUGAAAAAAAUGCAUAUGCAUCUUUCUCUACUACCAGUCACCAAGUUGUAAAAAAUCAUUGUACAUCAAACCUUUGGGGGGGGGUUGGUUCAUUUGCUCCUAAGUUCACUGGACACUGACAAAUGCAUCUCAGUAACUAGUAUGCUGUGCAGUGGUCCAUGGAGCAUUUGUAUCAAUUGAUUCCAUGGUGUAAUAAAUUAUUCAUUAUGUAUAGUAAACUGGCUUUAUUAUUUGCAUUCAUCGAACAGUAUUUUAGUCUUGUGACUGUCAACAUAAACUAAUUAUAAAAAUGAUUUACCUACUCUUUAUGGCAGUGUUAUAAUAAUUAAGCCACUAAUUUCAGCACUGUUUAACAUAAGGAAAUGUACCUUCUGAUUUACUUCCAAGCACCAAACUCCUCUAUUGUUUGAUAUUUUGUCACCAAGUAAGCAUGAUUUUUUUUAUUAAAUAUUUAUUUUGACUACUGAAUUUCUAAAAAGUUUCCGCUAACAUGUCUGUCACAAUGCACAAAUGUAAUUUCUCACAUGAAACAUUUUGUUUGAUAAUCUCAACAUUGGUUUUUAUCCUUGUGGUUAUGCAUAUGUUUUUGUUUAAAUAUACCGUUGAUUACCUAAAA